UGAAAAAAAAAAUCAUAAAAAAAUGUUUUUAUGGGAAACGUUUUAGUUUUUCCAGCUUGACGAAAAUUUACUGCAUUUUUGUUUUCUCACUCAUCUGUUUUGUGUACACUGCUCAUCAUGGGGAAACGGGACACUCGUUAUGCAUUUAUGAAUCCUAUAGCAAUGGCAAGAGCUCGUGGCCCAGUUUCAAGUGGAGGUCCGUCAAUUAGGGAUUAUCUAAACAGAGAACGUCCUUCAUGGGAGGAAGUCAAAGAAAUCUUAAAAAAGAAAAAGCAAGGCUCUACAACACUUGCUGCAUGGGAAGAACGAAUGAAUGAAAAAUUCAAAGAAGAGUUAAGAUACCACAGAGAAAAAAUGUUGGGUGAGAGCUCAUCAUCUGAGAGGAAGAAGCAUAAGAAAAGGAAAAAGAAGAGGUCUUCAAGCUCAUCUUCAUCUUCAUCUAGGUUACCUGAUUCUUCAAAUUCUGAGGAUGAAGCUGGCUCAAAGCAUAAGCACAAGAAAUCUAAGAAAAGGAAGCAUAUCAAGCAUGUGGACCAUAGAACAUCUGAUAGUGAAUCUGGCAGUCAUGUAAAGAAGAAAAAGAAGCACGUGAAGGAUAAAUAGUGCAUUAUCAUGUUCUGACAAUAUAUUAUAUCACUAUCAUGUAUAGAGAAUGUGUUUGAUUUGUACAAAAAUAAAGCUUUAGAAAACUUUAUGCCACACUUAUAUCCAAUAGGAAAGACCUUAUUGAGAAUUCUUAUAUCAAAAAAUUGUUUUCAAGUGUUAGAGAAACUUGUUUGGAUGUAUUGAGGUUGAAUAAUAAGUGUAUGAAUUCCUUUUUUUAAAAACUAUUUUGUGCACUUCCUUGUGCAAUUUGUAUAAAAGUUAUAUUUAUGACAAUCAAUUCUGUUUGUGAUCAUAUAUUAUCUUAGUUAUGUACUAAAAUGCUUGCUAUAUUGCAUUCUUUAAUAAUAAUUUGAAAAUAAAAAUAAAACAUUAUGAAGAAAUUAAAAAGUUGAAUAAAAAGUUACCAUAAAAAAUCCUUUCAAUGUCAAUAAUUUUUGUCUAUAAAAUUUUCUUUAGAAGGAAAUUUCCUUAUUUUGCAGCUCCCGACACAAUAAGGAAGGUGCUCGCCUCAAAGCAACAAAGAUAUCCUACUGUUGCUCUGAAGCGACGAUAUAUGCAAGUCAGCAGUGUAGUAUAUUCAAAAAUGUAUGUUAUAGUUUAACUACAAAUAAAAAUGUUUCCAUUUUAAAGUCA